AUGACGUCUGUCGCUGUGAUACUGGGACUGCUGGUCUGCAUAGAGGCACCAGGCUCCAGUGCUGUGACUCCUGUAUUUGCACAGAGGGGAGAGAACGUACACCUGGAGAUCACAGAGGCUGAUAAUCUACAAGAGGCAGACAGUGGAGUUUAUACUGCACGAGCGAUAGGUGCUCAAGGAGAUAAAAUACUAGCUGGAUACAGCGUCACAGUUCAAGAUCCAGUGUCUCCAGUUGCCCUGACAGUAGACUCUGUGUCCAGCAGCUCAGACUCCUGUAGCCUCACUGUGACCUGCAGCACACAGGACUCACAUCACAUCAACAGCACCUUUACAUGUGACACCAACACCUGCAGUCAGGAGGGAGGAGAGAGGUCAAAGGUCACAACCUCUGGUGCUUCUCUCCAUGUCCAACUGCUGAAUGAUUCAAUCAUCUGUAACCAUAGCAACCAGGUCAGCUGGGAAAAGGACAGUAAAUUGACUGAAUAUUUGUGUGCUGGACACAAACGUCCAGAGGCUGGUAUCUCUCUCUGCCUGGUGAAGACAGUCGUGUUCUCUGUCGGUCUGGUCAUCAUGGUGUCUGCUGUCAUCAGUGUCCAUCUCAUGGAGAAGCUCAAGAGGCACAAAUAAUCAAACAGUUCUCUACUGAUCAACUUCACAUGUGUCUCACAGUCUUAUCUAAAUGUAAAGUUAAAGGUGGCCUGUGUGGUCUUUGACCACUGGGAGCACUUUUCUUUUUUCUAGGUGGGUCCUUCUCUUGUAUUAUGCAUGUGCACAAGAAAUGUAGCAAAGCACCGACAAAGUGAAGGAGGGAGAAGACUGCAGACAUAGAUGUAAACAAUUCAGGGUUUUAUUUUAUCAGCUUUGAAAAUGCAUGCAAAGCUUUUCUCAGGUGUCAAAGAUACUCACAAUAUGUAAAUGUUGUUUCUCUGCAAUUUUCUUUCUUAAUAUUUAAUACAAAUGCAAAUUACUCUUGAUUGUUCAUUGAUUAUACCUAAUACUGUUAAAAAUGUUAGUGGGGUUGUUUUCUUGAAAAAAUAACAAAAAAUAUAACUUCAAAUAAUACACUAUAUGUCACACUGCAUGAAGUCAUAUUUACAACAUUCUUAAAAAGAUUGCACUUACAUCUGUUUUGUAAAUUCCAUGUUCUUUAGACCAAAUAAUUGAUAGUUUUUUAAACCAUGUUUUAAUGUCUGGGUAAACUAAGUAAAGCAGUUUCUUAUAUUUGCAACAUUACAUUUAUUAAAUCUAUAAGCCUCUCUCA